AUGAUCAAAAAGUCAGCAUUUAAGAUCUGGAAUUUUCUCAAAGAAGAGUAUGAAGGAAAUGAAAAGAUUAAAGGGAUGCAGGUCAUUAAUUUAAUUAGAGAAUUCGAGAUGGUGAAGAUGAAAGAUUCAGAGACCAUUAAGGAGUACUCUAAUAGAUUACUCACAAUUGUCAACAAGGUGCUGGCAAUUAUUACUGAAAGGUUUGAGGCUACUAUUUCCACAUUAAAGAACACUAAAGACAUAACAAAAGCCAGUCGUAAAGAUAUAACUAAAGUUAACCUUCAACAAAGAAAUGUGGCUAAACCUGCAGAUCAUGAAGAAGAGCUCUUUGUGGAAACUUGUUUUGCAGAAAAUGACUCAAGUAAUAAUUGGCUUGUGGACAGUGUUUGCACCAACCACGUGAUAUUUGAUCGAGGCCUCUUCAAGGAACUGGACACGUCAUUCAACUUCGAAGUCAAAACUGACAAUGGAGAGUACAUUACAGUCAAGGGAAAAGGGAUUAUGACGGAUGUUGAAGAAGAAAGAAAGGUAUAUAUAGUUUAUAUGGGGAGCCUACCCGAAGGAGAGUAUGCAGCUCGUUCUCAUCAUAUUAACUUACUUCAAGCAAUUGGUCAUACCGACAAGAGAGCAGAGAAUAUAAUAAUAAGAAGUUACACAAGAAGUUUUAAUGGUUUUGCUGCUAAACUUACACCACAAGAAGCAUCAAAGUUAAAAAGAAUGACACUAGUUGUCUCCAUUUUUCAAAGUCAAAAACUCCAAAUUCUAACUACAAGAUCAUGGGAUUAUAUGGGCUUUUCUCUAGAAAUUCCUCGAAAUCCAAAGAUCGAGAGUGAUAUCAUAAUUGGUCACAUUGAUACUGGUAUAUUACCUGAUAUGGAGAGUUUAUCUGAUCAUGGUCUGAGUGAUGUUCCCCUGAAAUGGAAAGGCGUUUGUAUUGGCGGCAAAAAUUUUACAUGCAACAAAAAAUUGAUUGGAGCGAGGUAUUAUAGUGGAGACUCGAUAGUGGAUACGUUAAAUCAUGGGACUCACACGGCUUCGACCGCAGUUGGAAGGGUCGUGAGAAAUGCCAACUUUUUUGGCAUAGCGAACGGGACCGCCAGAGGAGGCGUCCCAUCAUCCAGAAUAGCCACUUACAAAGUGUGUAAUGAUCGUGGUUGUGACGGGAAAGAUGUUUUAGCCGCCUUUGACGAUGCUAUUGCCGACAAUGUUGACAUUAUCAAUUUGUCACUUGGAAAUAGUUUUCCUGUAACCUUCAAUGAGGAUGCUAAUGUCAUCGGUUCCUUUCAUGCAAUGGAGAAAGGAAUUUUAACAGUACAAGCGGCUGGAAACUCAGGAAAUACAGGAUUAUUUACAGUUUCUAGCGUAGCACCAUGGGUUUUCACUAUAGCUUCUAGUACUACAGAUAGAAAAAUCAUCAAUAAACUCAUUCUUGGAAAUGAACGCACAUUCAUAGUAAGUAGCACGGCAGUGAAUCCCUUCUCUACCGGAAGCGACAACAAGAUGUUAGUGUAUGGAAGAGGAAUUACAAAUCAUUGUAACGAAUCAAGUGCAAUGCAAUGCAUGGAAGACUGUAUAGACCCUAGUUUAGUAAAGGGAAAGAUCAUGUUAUGCGAUGUUGAUUCGUCAAUGUCACGUGUCGUCCUAUUUGCUAAGAAUUCAAGUGCAAGUGGUGUUAUUCUACGAAAAGGUCAAAUAAAUAAAGAUGAUUCUGAACUCGCAGUACAUCCUGCCGCAUUUUUGAAGGACUCUGAUUAUAAUUAUGUUAAGUCUUACCUUAACUCCACAACAUUUGCAUAUGCACGCAUAUUAAAGAGUGAGACUAUUCGAUAUGAUGCUCCCAUCGUAGCUUCUGAUUCCAGUAGAGGGCCUAAUGUAAUUUUUCCUGGAAUUUUCAAGCCUGAUAUAACCGCACCAGGCGUCAAUAUUUUGGCAGAAAGUCCUACACUUGAAAAUUUUGGCAGUCUCGGUGCUAAAUACAACAUUGAAAGUGGAACUUCCAUGGCAUGUCCUCAUGUUACCGGCGCAGCUGCUUAUGUGAAAUCAAAACACCCUAAUUGGUCUAUUUCAGCUAUCAAGUCGUCUCUUAUGACAACUGCUUGGAGCAUGUCUACAAAAUACAAUACAGAUGCAGAACUUGGUUAUGGAUCUGGACAUGUUGAUCCGGUGAAGGCUGAACAUCCUGGACUUGUGUAUGAGACAUUUAUUGACGAAUAUAUUACUAUGUUUUGCAGUCUAGGUUCAGAUGGAGAAAAGUUCUUGAAAAUAUUAGGUAAAAGAAGAAAGUGUACAAAGGAGAAUACAAUAUCUCCUAAGGAUGUCAACUACCCAGCAAUGACUGCCUCAGUUAACAACAAUUCACAUUUCACUAUUCAAUUUGUAAGGGUUGUGACCAACGUCGGACUUGCAAACUCUACGUAUCACGCUCAUAUUAAUACGGGAGAUAACACAAUCCAUGUCACCGUAGAACCAAGUAUCAUUUCUUUUGUUAAUCUGAAUGAGAGAAAAAAGUUUGUAGUGACAAUUAGUGGGCAAUGGCUCAACCAAAAUUAUAUUUCAUCUUCCUUAGUUUGGUUUGAUGACAAGGAUACUGAUCCUUGUUUCCUACUACUUCAAGAUAUGCUAGUGUUUCCACAAAGAAAAACAAACCUAGAUGUGGACCUUCGAUCAUAUCGAUAUCCAGCAAAGUCAGCAUCUGCAUAUCCUUACAAGACAAAUUUCGCAUCUUUCUCAUAUAGUAGACCAAUAUCUAGUGAGUUAGAUAAAUCAGACUUCCCACAAGAGCACGAUAAGGACGAAGAUCUGGUAGACAUGUUCUUUUGUCUCGACUGA